UAAAUAAUAAUAACAUUUUCUCUAUGAAUUCAAUGUAUUUUUAAUGGAAAUUUGUAACAUGAUUGUUUAACUAAAAGGUCACCCCUGGGCUAGAUGGCACGGCCCACCAAAUCAAAAACAAAUGGAGUAAAUGUUGUUGGAUUUUCAGGUACACUGUACCUUCUUCUAACUUCACAAUAAAAAAUGGAUACCCUUGCUCUUACCCUGUGAAGGGGAAUGUGGGACAUCCAGAACAGGGUGGCAGGGAGUCAGUCUUCACCUGUCACUCCUUUGAAUAUUUUUUCUUAUCCUCUUAGGGCACAGGAAAGUGCCAGCUUGUGUAAAGAGAAGGCUGAACUGCUAGAGGUCUAUGAAAGCAUUCCUGUGAUUGGCUGCAAACUUUUGCCAGUUGCAGUGUAUUCAGGGGUUACAGGAGUUAUGAAGAUGAAUAUCUUCUAAGCAUGACGCUAAAGGAAGUUUACCCUGGUAUUAUGCUUCGGAGGAGCGAACGAAAUAGGAUAAAUCUUAAAAGUCCCAGCAGUGAAAGCAAAGAGAGGAGCAAAGCUACAAUGUCACCUAAACCCACAUCUGGAAAGGAAAAGCUUGAAACAGCACAACCACCCAUCACGCUACAGGGGACCCGAAGAAUCAAACAUUCAAAUCCAUAUGUUACCAAAGACAUCAGAAAGGGAGAGUCGAUGGAAAUCGAAGUGGCAUCCACAUCUAGGAAUAAUAAUUUCGACUGUCUAUAUGAGUUUGUUUUCCUUUUUGCCGUUUUUGCCUUCGUAUUAUUACUUAUAUAUAUACGGAGCCAGCUGAUAUCCUGCAUUUUACUGGAGCAAAAGAUGCGCCAGCAGAACACUGACAUGACACUAAAGGAAAUAAGGAGAAUGAAGGACCGAUUCCAGGAGAUUCUAAAUGAUGUGAGUGAACAGAAAAGAACGCAAAUGACUAAGAUGAUGGUGCAGGAAAUAAAAAAUGAACUCAAGAAAUGGGAAGAAGACAAUGUUCAAGUGAAAGAUUAUGCUCUCUAUUCUUUAGGUGCCACUAUCAUAAAGGAUAAGACCAGUCAAAGUCUGAAGUCAGAUAACCUGCACUGGUCAUUUCUUGGCAUCUUGUCAUGGCCCUAUACUUCAUGUCCAGAAGAAAUACUCAAGCCUGACGUUUACCCAGGCAAAUGUUGGACUUUCCCUGGCAGCCAAGGACAAGUUUUAAUAAAGCUGUCUGCUAAAAUAAUCCCAGUGGCUGUUACCCUUCAACACAUUAGUAAGACAAUAUCUCCAUCCAAAAACUACAGCAGCGCUCCUCGGGACUUCUCAGUGUUUGGUUACGAACAUGAAUUCCAGGAGACUGGCAAGAUACUGGGACAAUUUACAUAUAACCCAUGGGAAGCCCUAAUUCAGAGUUUUAAGCUUAUGAAUGAUGACACGAGUCGAUUCCAGUUCAUCCAACUGAGGAUUCUAAGCAACUGGGGCAAUGAGAAAUACACAAGUGUUUACAGGUUCCAAGUUCACCAGGAGCUGCCUGUACAACUCAGAAGCUGAAGACCCACACCGUGUACAUGCUGUGUACAUUAACAUGUGUUCUACAGCUGAUAUUUAUAUAGCAGCACUCUGUGAUAAAUAGCAUCUUUCUUAUAUGUGCCAGACUGGUUUCAUGUUCUGUCUGUUGGGAAAUAAAGUGCAAAUAGAAUAUUUAAAGGA